UUUUCAGCAUCUCGACGACACUGCGAAAGAGAAUACAUAAACAUAACCUUCAACGUCUAUCGUGAUCUUGCAAUUCAAUAACAACAGAACAAUUUUAUACGUAGUUCCUCGGCGACAGUAAUUAUCAAUCUCAAGAAGAAUGGAGGAGGAGAUGGAUGUCGCGAACGAGGAGGAUCACGCAAAAGCUUAUCGAGAAGAAGCCGCGGACGAGAUCGAGGAAGAGAUGAGGGACGAAAUGGAGGAAGAAGCCGACGAUAAAAUCGAUGAUAGCGGAUCUGACAACGACGACGACGACGACGACAAUGACGAGGCCAUCGAUGAAGCAGAAGUAAAGUCCCUGCAAGCUUUCUUAACAGAAAAUCCAUACGAUUACGCCACUCACGUAGCUCUGAUCAACAAGUUGCACAAAAUGGGCGAGCUAGAUCGUCUGCGAACUGCCCGGGACAAUAUGAGCAACAUGUAUCCGUUGAGUCCAGAACUUUGGCUCUCCUGUAUACGGGACGAGAUCAAGCUGGCAGUCACACCGGAGCAAAAGGCUGAAAUAGUAAAACUAUGCGAACGAGCUGUUAAAGAUUAUACUUCUGUAGAAGUAUGGCUGGAAUACCUGCAUUUUAGUAUUGGAAAUAUGGGAACAGAGAAGGAUGCAGCUGAAAAUGUUCGCGAGCUUUUUGAACGAGCACUGACUGUUGUUGGAUUGCAUACCAUUAAAGGGGCAAUAAUAUGGGAAGCGUUUCGAGAAUUCGAAACUGUUUUACUCACGCUGAUCGAUACUGCAAAUGUGGCAGAAAAGAAGCAACAGUUGGGACGUAUUGGCAAUUUAUUCCGACGUCAAUUAGCGUGUCCUCUUUUAGAUAUGAAAAAAACUUAUGAGGAAUAUCAAUCCUGGCGCACAGAAGAUGAUACAGAAGCUGUUAUUGAUGACAAAAUUGUGUUAAGAGGAUAUGAGCAGGCUUCUACAAAGUUGAACUUGCUUAUUCCUUAUGAAGAAAAACUCAACUCUACACAAGGGGAAAGCGAACUGCUUGAUGCUUACAAGGGAUAUUUACUUUAUGAAAAACAACAGCAUGAUCCAGGACGUAUUACAGUUCUGUAUGAAAGGGCAGUAACCGAUCUGAGCUUAGAAGAGUCAAUCUGGUUGGACUAUCUUAUCUAUCUUGAAGAUACAAUAAAGAUUGAAUCUGUAUUAGACCAAGUUUAUCAGAGAGCAUCAAGGAACAUUCCGUGGUGCCCAAAAGUUUGGCAAAAAUGGAUAAGAUUUUACGAAAAAUGGGAAAGACCUAUAUUGGAAGUGCAAAAGUUAUUAGAAAAUGCCUUAUCAAAUGGCUUCUCGAUGGCAGAAGAUUAUCGAAAUCUGUGGAUUACAUAUCUCGAAUAUUUGCGGCGCAGAAUCGAACGAUGUUCCGAUGAAGAGAAAGAGAAACAUCUAGAUGUUAUUCGUAAUACGUUCAACAGAGCAUGUGAGCACCUGGCAAAGUAUUUUGGCUUGGAUGGAGAUCCCAACUGCGUUAUCUUGCAAUAUUGGGCAAGAACUGAAGCGAUACAUGCAAAUAACAUGGAGAAAGCUAGGACGUUAUGGGCCGACAUUCUUUCACAAGGGCAUUCUGCGACGGUUUCUUAUUGGUUGGAAUAUAUAUCGCUAGAAAAGUGCUACGGAGAUACAAAACAUUUAAGGAAGCUAUAUCAGAAAGCUUUGACUUCCGCAAAAGAUUGGCCGGAAAGUAUAAUAAAUGCAUGGAUAGAUUUUGAACGUGAUGAAGGAACUUUAGAGCAAAUGGAACUCUGUGAGGCAAAAACAAAGGAGAAGCUUGAUAAACUUAAGGAACAAAGACAGAAAGCACAAGUUCUUUUUCAAGAUGAAUCGUCUAUGCAAAACAAAAAAGCGAGCAAGAGAAAGGCGAAUAAUAUCGGCAAGUGGCAAACUGUAGGAGCUUCUCCAUCAAAAAUCGUAAAAAAUAAUGCGCGAACGAAACCUAAAUUACGAGAAAGCCGCUUGAAUUUUGAUGAUAAAGGAACAAACGACAAAACUCGGGAGGAAUCGAAAUCAAAAAUCGCACCACCGCCUGGUUAUGAGACGACGAAGAAUAAUGAUGUAGAUGACAAAAACAGCCAGUAUGAAGUGAACAAUGAUAUUACAGUUUUUGUCAGCAAUUUAGAUUAUACAGCAACUGAAGAUGAAGUAACAGACAUUCUGCAAUCAGUUGGACCGAUAACGUUAGUCAAGAUGGUUAAGGAUUACAAAGGACGUAGCAAAGGAUAUUGCUAUGUACAAUUGAGCAGCGCAGAAGCUGCGAAAGAAGCUUUGAAAUUAGAUAGGACGCCUUUAAAAGGACGUCCUAUGUUUAUCUCAAGAUGCGAUCCUAAUAAGGAUACCAGAGACUCUGGAUUCAAAUUUAAUUCUACACUCGAAAAGAAAAAACUCUUUGUUAGAGGAAUUCCACUUACAAUGACGAAAGAAGAACUCGAAGAAAUAUUCAAAAUUCAUGGAGAUUUGAAGGAGAUUCGUCUGGCUACUUACCGUAAUGGACAUUCAAAGGGUUACGCUUAUGUCGAGUAUCAAGAUGAAGCAACUGCUGCGAGAGCUCUUUUGGCUACUGACGGUACAAAUAUUCAGGGCAAAGUGAUCAGCGUCGCGAUAAGUCGACCACCCGAUCACAAAAAAAAUCGAACAGAGGAAAAUGAGAGACAGAUCAAAUCAUUGGGUGCAACAACGACAAGGCGUACGACAUUCGGUCUGCCCAAGACCUUGCUAUCUAUGGUACCGCGUAAUGUUAAAAUGAGUAGCAGUAACGGUAGCGCGGCUCCAAAUAAAAAUGGAGCCGCACAAUCGAUGGACAAUCAGGAUUUCAAGAAUAUGUUUCUCAAUAAAAAAUAAUUUGAUAUUAUAUAAUCAUGUCGCAAUCUACCAACAUCGCGACCACGUAUUAAUACAACACCAUUUCAUGUGUUAGUAUGUUACAGUAUAUGCUAUUAUAGUGAAUCUGUCUUAUGAUGAAUUAAAAAUUAAUCUGAUAAAAGUGCAAGUACAUAUGAGGUAAAUAUGUAUUGAAAUGUUAAAUGUGUGAUAACUAUGAGAAGUUCUGUAUAUUAAACAGUUGUAUAAAUUGUA